AUGUCGGAUAACGCUUCGCAACCUGAUUCCACUCUCCUAAAUGUAGACAAUAUUCUCCUUCUGGAAGAAAUUCUAAGGAAUUUUCUUAUGAGUACAGCUCCCGUCAUUCCUGAGCAGCCUCUCAUAACGCCAUUAUUGCCUCCAUUUUUGAAUUUUCCCCAAUGUAAGGUUCCCGAACAGCCUCUAGAUCUUUCUAUGAAGGCAGAAGUUCCUCCAUCUGAAGACUUUGGCUAUGGAAGUGGAAGUGAGCGACUAAUGAGCCUUCCUGAUCUCAGUUUGGAGGAGACAUUACUAGACCAGUCAGUGGAUUAUGAUGAAUAUGGCACAGAGCACAGAGGAAUACGUAACUCCCCAAUGCUUUGGCAGUUCCUUUUAAGUUGUCUAGACAAUGAGGAAUUUAAUCCUUCAGUUGUUGAGUGGAUAUGCAAGGAACAAGGAAUCUUUCGCCUAACCAAUGCCCGAGCUCUUGCUCAACUCUGGGGAGAGAAGAAACAUAAACCGAAUAUGAGUGAGGAGAACUUGAAACGCUCCUUGAGAUACUAUUAUGGAAAGAAGAUUUUAACCAAAGUACAAGGUCAACGUGAUGUGUACAAAUUUUAUUUCAAUCUGCCUUAG